UUUAAUAAAUUUAGUCUUUGUAAUUCAAAAAAAUACAUAUUAGUCUAUUAUUUUGAUUUUAAUAACACACAUGUGCGCGCGAGAAAAGUCUUAAGUUGCAUUGUAUCUUUCAAAAGCCAAAUAAACAAAUAACAUUUAUAUUGUUAACAUUCUUAAUUACAAAAAUUUAAUAAUUUGAAUUGUUUAUUUUUUUUCUUUUUCAAAAUGAAUGGUUCAGAAGAAGAAAAUGUUGCUGAACUUGUUCAGAAAAUGGUCAUUUCAUUUUUUGGGGAACAGAAGCCAGAAGUUAUUAGAAGAUUUAUGAGAUUCUCCUUGGAGUUAUUUUCAUCUAUUCAAGGAAUAGAAACGUUGAGGGAAGAUGAAAUAUUGGUUGCUAGUUCUAUAAGAAGUAAAUUGUCGUCACAAGAUGCCAUAAGAUUUGACAAAUUGCACAAUGAUCUGAGAACCGGGCCCUUGAGAAACCGUAUAAGCAUUCUAGUGUUUUUAUUUAAUCUGAAUCAAACAACCGAACAAAGAAGGGACAAGCUUUUUUCUCUUCCAGACAUAAAACCUAGUUUGAAUACUCCGAUUGUGUCUGUUAGCGGACAACCAUCUCAGUCGUCAUGGAAUCAGGGACAAGUGAUUUCGAUAAAUACUAUGGAUACAAAUUUACGUGGUUCUCUUAUAAAUCAGAACAAUAUGUUAAGAGAAGAAUAUGUUUCCGAAGAUGUAUUGAUUCAAGAUUUAAUAUAUUGCUUUCAAGGUAUAGAAGGGAAAUUUUUAAAAUUAGACUCUAAUUAUGGAUUUCAAAUCGACCCUGUAGUGAACAUCAGUAGUUCGCAAAAGCAAGCUGUUUUGAGAUUGAGUGAGCUUGGAUAUUUGUAUAACACUUUACGUAGAAGUUUAGAAAGAAUAUCUGCUGCUGGUAUCGGCAGAGUUGCUGAAAGUUUUGUUGCAGUAUUGCAGAAAGAAUUAUCUGAAUAUUAUAAGUUUAUCGCUAUAAUGCAGGAAGAAGUAAACAGGGCACAAAAUCAACUGGGUUAUUAUGGAAUUACACUUUCACAUUUACAUAUUUGGGCAUACGAUCCUUUGGAAACUUUGAAGUGGCUAGCAAGUGUGACAAGAGCUUGUCAAGGCCAAAAAGGAGGAUUACUAGCUUCAACUAUAUACGAGUUCAGUUAUCAUGGUGAUGCAAAUGCAAAGAAAUUAAUGAAAAGAAUUUUGGAAAGUGUCUGCGUUCCUUUGUAUAAUAUGUUAAUGAGAUGGAUCACGGAUGGACAAUUGGAUGAUCCGUACAAUGAGUUUUUUAUUGAAACAUGUGCAGAUGUAGCUGGAGAUAGAAUGUGGCAUGAAAAAUAUCAAGUUAGAAAUACAAUGGUGCCUUCUUUUAUUACUAAAGGACAAGCAAAAAUGAUAUUAGGAACAGGAAAAAGUAUUAAUUUCUUACGCGAAGUAUGUAAGGACUUUUCACCAUGGCAAGGUCGAGAAACAGAAAUGUUUAAAAAUACAGAAGACCAAUAUAAUGCAGUUGAGAUAUUUCUUGAUAUGGAUCCGGAUGGUCGUUUACAAACAAUAAUGGAUGCAAUUUAUAAAGAAACAUCUACAAGAGUUGUUGAAAUUCUAACUAAACAAUGUCACCUUCUUGAUCACUUACAAGGAAUAAAAAGCUAUGUACUACUUGGUCAAGGACACUUUAUUCAACACCUCAUGCAUUUAUUAGAACCGGAAUUAGCCAAGCCAGCAAAUUCUUUAUAUCCACAUAACAUAUCAUCUAUAUUGGAAACAGCCAUAAGAGCAACAAGUACAAAUUUAGAAGAUAUAGAUGUACAAAGACGUUUGGAUGUUAGAUUAUUAGGACCUUCGGAUAGUGAAACGGGAUGGGAUAUUUUUAUAUUGGAUUAUAAUGUUGAUGGACCUAUAGGGACUAUUUUUGAACCAUGUAGUCAGACUUAUCAAACAGUAUUUUUUGCAUUAUGGAGAGCUAAACGAAUGGAAUCAAUAUUAUCUGCAAUAUGGAAGCAACAAAUUACGUCGGCUAAAAUAUUUCGAAAAAUGCCCGAAAUUUUGCCAAUUCAAAAUCAAAUUCAUCUUAUUACAAGCAGUAUGGUUCAUUUGGUUCAUCAAUUGCAAUAUUAUUUUUUAUUUGAGGUAAUUGAGUGUUCUUGGGAUGCAUUUAAUAAACAACUUGGACAAGCAUCCUCACUUGAUGAAAUAAUAGCUGCUCAUGAUCAAUUCGUAGAUACAGUAAGACGUGGUAUCUUAUUAGACGAAAAAUCUCAAGAAUUAAUGGAUCAUCUACGUUCUGUGUAUAGUCCAAUUCUAGAUUUACAAAAUCUUGUAGAAACAUUUCUUAUACGUGCUACUCAAGAACACGAAGCAAAAUUAUCUACUGAAAAUUUUACGCAAGUCAUAAGUGAACAAACAAAAUCGUGGGGACGAAGUACCGCAAGUGAUAUAGAUACCAAAGAACGACAAACAGCAUUUUUAAAAUAUUUGAAUACUCUUUCUAUUCAACUAAGAUUAUUAUACAGAACUUAUCAGGAUAGAGUGAAAAAAUUUCUACUAAUGCUUGCCUCAGCAGAAGACGUUUCUUUGCAAUUACUCAGCGUACGACUAGAUUUUAAUGAAUAUUACAAAAGAAAAGAUAGUCGAUUAGUUGCGCCAUUGACAUAUCAGCAUCGUAGACAGAGCGAUCAAAGUUUUCUUAUCGCUAAAUGAAGAUUAUUAACAAGAGAUUUACUGAAAGAUUUUUAGACUAAAGAUAUGAUUGUUAAAUAUACUUAUAUAUAUUACUUUAAUACUUAUUGUUGGGCAAUAUUUCAUCCUAAAUUAAUAAUGUCAUAUGAUUAAUAUUGAUGUAAGUUAAACUUGAAUCAUUAAUUGAAUUAAAUAUUGCCCAAGACUAAUUUUAAUUAAUACUCAACAAAAAAUGUAUUG